AUGGCAAGCGAUGGCGCUGCGCAGGAGACGGACUCUUGCCCCGACCAAACGCCGGUACCGGAGUCCUUCAUGGGCACUCUCAGCGCUCCGCCUACCGACUACAUCUCCGCCCUGGCACAAUAUGGCAGCAUCAGCGGCGCAUCGGAGUGGUCGCGCGGUGACAAGUAUGCCAGCGUCUCCAACGAGCGGCUCUUCUACGACUCCGGCUCGUUCGCCCAUCCCAGCUACGAGGGGGCGCUCUACCAGGGCUUCGAACCCUCCGCCUGGCUGGUGGAGUCCGAGGUGCUGAACCGCACCCGGCGCUGCUGUCUCACGGGGGAGCCGGUGUCAUUGGCGGCUGACGAGCGCUGCGACGCCUGCCUGGGCCUGCUGAUAGGUGACGCCUGUCGCUGCGACGCGUGCGGCGUGGUGGUUCACCCGAAUUGCUACGGCCCCGAGUCGAGGAGCUGGGAAUGGUACCUGGGAUCAUCGCAAAACGCAUUUCCGCAGACGCAGGGUGACCUCUUCUCGUAUGACCAAGCCACCUUCACGACUUUGCACUCGCCGUUCGAGUCACCGAGGCGCCGACGUUCUGCUUCAUGCGACGCCGAUGGACCGUGUGAGUCCGACGAAUCCACUGCGCACCUCAGCGACCGCCCGACGGCAUACCGAGAUUUCACGUGCGAUGUCUGCGCCGCCGCUGAUGGAGCAGGCACGCCGCAGUGCGCAUUAUGCGGCCUGCCUGGAGGCGCCAUGCGUCAUUCGCCCGACUGCGACCGGUGGGUCCACUGCAGCUGCGUGGCCUUUGCGCCCGAAUCCUCGGGAAUCGCGUUCCGCCGUAUGCUCCGCAUGCGCGACCCCGUGGGCAUCCAAGCGUUCAUCGCGCAGAUGACCCCCGGCGGCAAUGCGUGCGACGCCUGCGGCAAAUCGGACGGCUUGGUGGCGCCCUGUUCGUUCGCAAAAUGCAGCAAGUUUGUGCACUCUCGCUGCACGACGUUCCAGGAGGGCUACCGCGGAUGCGCCUUCUCCGAUCAGGUCUACUACAGGUUGGACAUGGGGGAGCAGUACUUCGACUUCGUGGGGGCCUUCUGCGCCCAGCAUUCCAGCUACGACCACGUGGUCAUGGGCAUACAAAUGCAGCUCCGGCGCCGACAGGUCCUGCGUGAGCAGGGCUCGAGCAGCUAUCGCAAGUACCAGGGCGAGGUCGCGGAUAUCAUCCGCAUGGCAUCGGCAGUGACCGCAUCUGCCCUCCACGACGACGGCGAGGACGAAGCGUCGGAGGCGCUGUCACCGGAGCUGGUGCUGCGCAUGAAAUCGUUUAUCGGCGGACCAUGUGAGGGAGGUGAUGGUGAUGACGAUGAUGAUUAUGAUGAUGACGAGGACGAGGACGACGAGGAGGAAGAGGAAGAAGAGGAGAAGUGGGAGGAUGAUGAUUAUGGGAUAGGGGAGGAGAAUUGGGAUGACGGUUAUGAGGAUUAUGACGAGGAAUAUGAGGAGAAUUGGGAGGAGGAAUACGAGAAUGGUGAUGAUGAGGAGGAGGAUAAGGGACAGGAGGAGGAGGAAUAUGAGGAGAAUGAAGAUAGAAAGGGCGGAAGUGAAAUGGACGAAUGCGAUUCCGAGCUCCAAUGUGAGGAAUGGUCAUUUGACGAGUGGAGGGACUACCUGUUGAGUCCGGCCGCCGAUGAUGCCGAUACGUACGAGGUCGCCGCAAUACAGGACGUCGACUGCGACGAAAUCGACGUCAAUAUGCCGGUAGAUGUAGCGUCGCCGUGCGAUGACGUCCCGGUGGUGGACGUGCAGGCGGCUUCCGGCGACGGCGGGUUGGACAGCAGCGGCUCGCAGUUCCGCAGCCAGCGCAUGAUGUGGCAGAAAUUCGACAUCUUCCGGCCACUUCCGUACGGACCCGCCUCCGACGACCUCCUCGCCAACAUGGACCAGAACGCCCGCAAGAAGAGCGUGGCGGAGUACUGGCGCCUGGAGGACAACGUGCUGACGUGCUCCGACUUCCUCGAGCCGCGGGAUCUGAGUGAAAUGUUCCUGCAGCAGGUCAUGCUCGGGUGCAACGGCGUGAUGGAUCUGCUGCAAUCCCUCAAAGACGACGUCGACCAGGAGCUGCAGUCGUCGGCGAAGGCCAACAACGGGAUGCCUGCCGACGAAAGGCGGUACUCCCGGUUCCACGUGCUCGUCGACACCGGACGCACCGCUGGAGUCCUUAUAUUCAAGGUGAACAAGUGGCUGCUCGAGGUCCUGCAGGCCGACGCUGCGCUUACCGAGCGCACGGACAAGUCGGCAAUUUCCGCCGCCGGCAUAGCCUUGGAUGAGGAGGUGCGCCACUUCCUGUCCCACGUGCAGGGCGAGGUGGCGCGCAACACCUACUCCAACACGUCGUUUUACACGAACUCGGGCGCGCUGAAGGAAAUCGACUUCUCUAGCGGAAUCGGCGAGUACGGCCUGCGCGACGACAUCCGCCAGCUCCACCAGACGGUCAACGCGGUUACCAGCGAGAGCGAGCUGUCCCGCAUCCGCAGGAAGAUGCUCAAAAAGGGCAAGGGCGACCCCUCCCUCAACAGCAUGGAGCUUGAGAAGUUCGUCGUCCUCAGCCCCAUGGAAAGCGAGUUGCUGCGGCGCUGCGCCUUCGAGAUGAGCCACGCCAAUGACGCCAACGUGAAGCUCGCGGUGCUCAAAAACACCGUAGACGCGUCCGUGAACACCAGCUGCCUGCAGAUGAUCGACUGGGCUGCCGUGAUGGCCAAAAUUAAGACGUCUACCCAUUUUACCGCCAGCAUCAAGGGUAGCUCCAAGGGCUCAUCGCGUCCAUCGCAUUCGGCGAAGGCAUCCCGAAAUUCAAACGCUGAUAAAGCCGCGAAUAGCGAGGCCGCGGCGACUGCGCCGGAGCCAUCGACAAGUGGUUCAUCAGGUCGCACCUCCGCGGCGGCGGCGGCGGCAGCGGCAGCAGCUGCUGCGACCCCAAACAACGAUUCGGGCGUCACGCUGCCGCCGGUGCCGAUGGUCCACCUGGGCAAACAUACCUGGCCGGUGGUGGACGACACUAACUUCGUGAGGCGCCAGAAGGAGAUCACGGAGUGCGACCUCAGCAUUGUGUCAUCCCAGUUGCGCAAGAUCCGUGAGAAUAUCCGUGAGAACGUCUUGGAGAUGAACUCCGGACCGCCCACCAUGAACCAGCGGCUCGGCUACGCCUCCAAGCUGCUCGAGCAGUACGAGUCCGUGGAACGCUGGACCACCCUGGUUACGAACUUCUGCCGUGGCCUCUCCGACUCGCAGGACUCGUUGACCCCCACGGUCGCGGCGGCACCCAGGAUGCAGUCCCCAGUUGUCGUGACUCCGAACACCCCCGAUAUACGCAACGCGGCCAAAAAGGCCGAGGGAAUCGCCGAAGGCGCAUACUGCAGCGUGUGCUUCGUCAACAAGGGCAACAACCUCAACCCGAUCUACACCUGCUCCCGGUGCUUCAUGUCGACGCACCGCAACUGCUACGGCGUGAACCGCACAGGUAAGGAGUCCGACAACAGCGACUACAUCUGCCGUCGCUGCGAGUACGAGCGCCGUACCAUGGGCGGGCAGUGGCAGACCGCCUUCCGCAGCUGCAGCAUCCUGUGCAGCAUUUGCGGCCGGGGCGGCGGCGCGUUGAAGCAUUGCGACCUCGAAGAGUGGGCCCACGUGUUCUGCCUGUUGUGCCUGAUGCCGGAGACCGAGUGCAGCAACUACACCACGAUGGAGCCGUGGACUCUGGCCGGCAUCGCGAGGUGGCGGCGCGAGGCCAUAUGCUCGGUCUGCGGCGUCGGCUGGGGCUACGUAAUGCGCUGCAGCGACUGCGAAGUCGCCGCGCACCCGCUGUGUGCCUGGCUGCAUGGGUAUCGCGUGCAGGCGGUAUCCACCGUGGGUUAUCUGUCGCAUGAGCCCCAGGACAGCGGCCUUAUGCGCGAACUCCACGUGCGCGUGCAGUGCAACGCGCAUGACAAGUCUCGCCAGUGGCAGCAAUUCGUGACGAUCCGGAACAAACGCUUCCUGAACAGGGACACGGCCUACUGGCUGUUCGAGGGCUGCGACAAGCGGCGGAAGUCGCGUGCCGUGUUCCUGGAGUCGCUCAUGUCCUCCGAGUCUAUGGACCCGGGGUCGAUGGUAGCCGACCCAGCAUACCUGGCGCAACUCUCGGGCGACAGGCGCUGCGGCGUCUGCUUUGGCACGGGAAUGCUGACGGAAUGCGGCCACUGCAACGCGCGGAUGCACUACAACUGCUACGUGGAGCUGGAUGCGAAGGGCGCAAGCAGCAUUCUAUCGGAUAAGCUCAACGCCAACAAGCACGUCACCUGCGACGUCUGCAGCAACGGCGAUGAGGGUGCCAUCUGCGCAAUUUGCCGCGUCUCGACUGGUCUGCUGAAACAGAUCCCAACGGCGCGUGGCGGCGCGGACGCCCAUCGUCGCUACAUCCACGCCAUUUGCGGAGUGUGCUUCCCCGAAGUGCUGCUGCGCGUAUACACAGGCGAACACGACGUGGAUGGGACCACGCCCCAAAACGUCGACUCCGCGGCUGCCUCUGCCAACGGGGCCGCGCAGUGCGCAUGCUGCCGGUCGUCCGAGGGUCUCAUGGUCCGCUGCUUCAGGGAGGGCUGCAGCGUCGUUUUCCACGCCAUCUGUGGCAUGAUCAAUCGCUACGUGGUGGAGUCGCACAACAUGGACAUCGCAGCCGGGCCGCGGUACGUGGCCUUCUGCCAGCAGCACUCCCUGCUGUCGCGCAGCGUCGGCAACAACGUCAAGCUGAUGCUGCGGCUGCGCCCGGCGCUGAAGCUGCUGAAAGAGGCCGUGGAUGACCUGGCCUCGCAGGACGUGGUGAUGCGCGCGUGGUACCGCAAGCGUCAGGAGCUGCUCAACGCGGAGUGCCCGCUGGGCACCCUUAUCCAAAAGCCGGCGAACAAAUCGUAA